AUGCGGUACAACGAUGUUGACCAACUGAAACCCCUCCUCGGCGACGAAUUCUGCAAACGACUCAACGCCAUAUUCGAAUCCCAUUCCUCUCUCCUUCUUCUCGAUAACGACGACGACGAUUCUUCCGAAGUACUCAGCACUCUAUUUGAAGGAUACUCCCCUUUCCAAGCUUCUACUGAUGUCAACAACGACAAAAUUCCACCAGUGACCGUCUCCCACAUCUCCCGUCUUCCAACCGAAAUCUUAGUCGAAAUCUUCAAACUAUACGUCGAUUCCACGUUCGAUAUUGCAUGCUGGUCCGAUAGUUGGAUGAAGGCCCGCCCUACUCCGCCACUUACCAGACAAAGAUACCGUCUGAAUGAGGAAUAUACUUCCGAACCAGAUGGUAAAUGUGAGAUAGGUCGAUGGCCACCUGCAUUACUGCUCUCGAGAGUAUCAAACAGAUGGCACGAUAUCGCCCUCGAUAUGCCCUAUCUCUGGUCGUUCCUACACAUCAAAGUUGGGACGGACGAUAAAGACAUCUCCCGGCUAUUGUAUCCAUAUCGAUCGAGUGCUGAAGAUGCUAGUGGGCCGAAAGGUUUAGAGUAUGAAGUGAAUUUGGGAGAAAAGAAGAAAAAAACAGAGAAUAUGCUUCGACGGCUUCGAAGAUUGGUCGCUGCGCUCGUGAGAUCGGAGAACUUGCCAUUGAAGGUAUGCUUGACAAUCAACUUGCCAAAAACCGACUACGAGACCAUCAGUAUCAACUCGUUUCCAAUCCUCCGUCUAUUGAUGGCAGUCUCUCCCCGAUGGAACGAGUUGUACGCCGCUGUUCCUGUGGGUGCCACACAAGCCCUCGUUCAAAUGUGUAGCAGACUGCCAUUGUUGGAAACCUUGAUGUGGAAGACGGUAUUAGACGGCCGCAAUGAUUUCUGGAGGGCGGGAUUCUGCCUGCAUGGACCCGCUAUUCGGAAACUUAUCCUGUGUAACAUACGUUCUUCUUCACUCCCUCCAUCUGUCACUUCCCUCGUCUGCACUGUAAGCCUCGAGAAUUACUGCAUGACGAGGAGUACGCUCAACUGUAUCGGAUCAUUUCCGUCGCAAGAUCACCUCCAACAUCUCUCCUUGACCCAAGUAGAUCUUUAUGCAAGGGUGGACUUUGGGGCUCUCUUGACAUUCAACUCACUCCGCUCGCUCUCUCUGAUAACCAAACUCCCGAAUUCACAACGGUCAGCAGUGCGCCUUUGCCGAGUUCCCACACUGCUCGAUGAUUUUAUCACCCCUCAACUCGAGAGUUUGUAUCUUGACGGAUGCUACGGAGCAGGAAACAACGUUCGGGAUAUGUUGCUCCGUUCAGGCUGUCUCUUGAGAGAGCUAGAGGUCAGAGGAGGUCUAAUGUCGACUCCCAGUGAAAUGGAAAACCUGUUUAUGCGGGUCACACCUGGUCUUUGGAAACUUACGAUGUCGGACUGUAGUGAGGUGGACGACGGGCUGAUCCGAUCGAUGACCCCCGGGCUUCCACGUGCGACUAUUACUUGCGUCCUUCCAGAAUUAAUCGAACUCCGGUGCGAGAUGAUAUCUCUGAGCGAGGAGGUGGUUCGUGGCUUUGUAGAAUCUCGAUGGAAGAUUGGGGCCAAGGACACAGACGAGGCCAAGUUCGAUGAGGACUCUUUCGGAGUGCGUCGACCCCAAGUGGUUGCUUUGGAGGUGUUUAGCAUUCCUGGUUCCAAUAUAUUCAACCGGUGGGAGCGAGUGUUACUGAAAGAGGGCCUGCAUAUCACGAUCAAGCGGAAACAAAAUACUCCGUUUAGUUUUUCCUUCAGUUUGAAGAGAGGAACAACCACUAUUUGA